AUGAAAGUUGUAAAGUUUCCUUGGCUUUCUCAUAGGGAAGAACAUAGAAAAUAUGAAGUUUAUUCAGCAGAUGUAAGUCCAGAUGGCAAGAGAUUAGCAACUGGUGGUUUAGAUGGUAAGAUUCGUAUCUGGUCUAUAAGCUCAAUCUUAGAGGCAUCGGUAAGUAAAGACCCUAAUAAUCUUUCAAAUGAUUUAAAGUUACCCUUAGCAAGUAUGAGCAGACAUACAGGUUCAGUAACUUGUGUGAAGUUCUCACCAGAUGGAAAGUAUUUAGCUAGUGGUUCAGAUGAUAGAAUUCUUUUGAUUUGGGCAUUGGAAGAAGAGAAUCGAAUAGAACCAGUCUUCGGAUUUGAACAUGAUAAAGAGCAUUGGACAGUACGUAAGAGACUGGUUGCUCAUGAUAACGAUAUUCAAGAUAUAUGUUGGGCUCCAGACUCCAGUAUACUUGUUACCGUGGGUUUAGAUAGAUCGAUCAUAGUGUGGAAUGGUGUUACUUUUGAAAAAAUUAAAAGAUUUGAUGUCCAUCAAUCGCAUGUUAAAGGUGUUGUGUUUGAUCCUGCCAACAAAUAUUUUGCUACUGCCUCUGAUGAUCGUACAUUGAAAAUAUUUAGAUAUCACAAGACAGGAGAUUCGAUGUUCACCGUAGAACACAUUGUAAGGAAACCAUUUAAAGAAUCUCCCUUAACUACAUAUUUCAGAAGGUUAUCUUGGUCUCCAGAUGGUCAACAUAUUGCUGCGCCAAAUGCUACCAAUGGUCCUGUAAGCUCAGUGGUGAUCAUAAAUAGAGGUACAUGGGAUACAAAUAUUUCCUUGAUUGGUCAUGAUGCUCCUACAGAAGUAGUAAAGUUUAAUCCUAGACUCUUUGAAAUUCCUACUGAAAAUAAAUCGAAAAGGGAAUCGGAUGGAUCUGAAACUUCCUUACCAAAAUCAUCCCAUAACUCAAUUGAAUCUAUAGUUGCCUCUGCUGGUCAGGAUAAGACUUUAGCGUUAUGGUGUACUAAUAGAAUUAGACCAUUGUUUGUAGCUUAUGAUAUUGCAAACAAAUCAAUUACAGACCUUGUAUGGACUCCAAAUGGUAGAGUGUUAUUUGCAACAUCGUUAGAUAGCUCGAUAACCGCUUUUAUAUUUGACAAGAAUGAGCUAGGUAAAACUGUAUCCUUGGAGAGAAAUAUGGAGGAGCUACAUAGAUAUGGUGUUGAUAAAGAUUCUUUAGAUUUCCCAGAGAGUGUAAAACAAUUAUAUCUAGAGGAUUCUGUAAAAAAGAUCAAUAUUAGGCAACCAGAAAAGAUAGACUCGAAACUCUUAGAAAGUAGAAUUACAAUGGAGUCGUCUCCAAAAGUACAUCCUCCAACUUCAAAAGAGCAGAAUGAGAAGAAGUCUGAGAGAGUAAAUAUAUUAGUGCCAAAGAGAGCAAGAGAUGAACAAUUAAACAAAACUGUGGUGAAAAACGGGAAGAAGAGAGUUGCACCAACUUUAAUUUCCUCUGGUUACUCUCCGAAUAAAGCCCAGCAAUCUAUUAAUGGAUUAAAUAGUAGUAAUGAUGAAUCAAAUAUACUGAAGUUAUCUUCUGUUCAGAAACCAGCAACAUUAUUUAAUUUGUCCAAAAAAUUUAGUUCCUCUUCAUUCCCAAUACCAAGAUUGGGUGUUCAUUCUUUGAUUAUGGGUACUAGAGAAAGAACAAGGAUAAAAACAGAUGCUAACCCUGAAGAUUCAGGAGAUGCUAACUCUAUCAAUAUAUCAUACAAUGGAGAAAAUUCUAUAGGUGGCAAUGAUAGUGAUAAAGAAGAAGAAGUAAUGCUAACUUUAAAUUCAAAAUUAACACCUGAUAAGGUGUGGAGUGAUGAACCAAGUUUAAGAUAUUUAGAAAAUAGUAGUAUUCUUCCAGAUACUGAUUCGGUUUUAUUACAAUGUGGUGAUCUUGAAGACUUCCAUGUAUUGGAAAUUCGUAAUGGUGUUGAAAGAUCGAUCCAAUUUGAUAAGGAUGCUCUUUUUGAUAAUCCAACGAGGGUUAUUGGUUAUAAUCGUGGUAAAAGGUCACUUGAAUUUUUUAUUCCAGAGGUUAUUAUAUCUGUAAUUGGUUCAGCAAAAUACAAAUGUUGGUGUAUGGCAACAUCGGAUGGGUCAUUAUACAUAGUGUCCACCAACGGUCAAUUUAAAUUACCAAAGAUUAGCAUAGGUCAUAAAAUAAUUAAAAUGGUUAUAUUUGAUACAACUUUAGUUGUGCUAACCGAGCGAGGAUUAUUCUUUGGAUGGGAUUUAUUGAAACUUAAAUGUGUAAUAAAGAAUAUCUCGAUUUUACCAAUAUUAUAUAGAGAAGAUUUUGAAUCUAAUAGGAUUAGAAUAAACAAGAAGAUAAGGAAUUUUGUACUGGUCCCGGAAACAAAAUCAUUAAUAAUAGAAAUGAUAAAUCCUGAUUCCACUUAUGAGUGGAAAACUGAUUUGGGUUGUUGGACAGAAGUAGUUAACUGA